AUGCCUCCGGCGUCUCCAACUCCUAGGAGGCCUGUCACAGGGCGUCGCCGAGGUCGUCCUCCAGGUUCUACCAAUGCAGCUCGCGCUGCGAGAGCUGCGGCUCUUGCAGCAGCUUCUGCCACCGAGCCACCACCAAAGCGACGUCGAUAUGCCCCAGCAGGUACCCGAUUUCUCGCAGGAGGAGCUGGUGGAGGCGGUCGCUACGUUACUUCUGACUUGUUGACUACACCGAACACCGCUGGUCCUUCAUCGAGAUCACGAGCCGCUGCGCGCGAGGCUAUCAACGGACCCUCACCAUCUCUCAUGCCUCGACGCGAAAGAGGGGCACGUACACGAGCCGCCGGAAACGAUGAUUUGGAAGAAAUGCAAUGGGGUUCCGCUGCGGCUAUGGCGACGGCAGUUAAGCAAGCUGAAGACUACAAACCCCGCGAAGAACGAAGUUGGGAAGACUUCCAUCCUAACUUGAAUAUUGAGGCCACUUUCCUGGUUCUUCGGUCAGAGCAAGUCGAUGGAUUACCCCAAGAGCAACCAGAUACGUCGGCUACCCAGAUGCUUACAACUCCUUUGGACGAAACGAGGACACCAUCAAGGCAACCGAACCCCGCAUCAACAGGGAACACCCCCAACCCUCAGGGACGUUCAGACUCGAAUACAGCUGAUGCUCCUACUGAAACUCCUUUACGUCGUCCUCGUCGGCCAACCCGGGAUGUUGUCAGCUUCUAUAGUAGCCGACCUUUGGAUCUUAUGGCAACGCCCAAAACACCCAAGAUUCUCCCCAUUCAGAAUCAGACACCUAAAGAAAAGCUGGAUCUCAAAAUGCCUUCAUACCGCAAGACCAAUCGCAUCGAGCUGUUCGAGAGUAAAACGUUUGGCCAGGCUCGUUAUGUCGACAAGAGCAUGAGUAAUGUCGGUUACCAAGAGAGCGACCAUUACAUGCGCCCCGAUCAAACUCUAAUAAAGUCCUCCGACCUCCACGCUGAAGAUGACGCGGAUCUCACUGAUGCUACAUCUUCUGAAGAGCCGGCUUCCCACAGACGAAUGGGUCGUGUGGAGUACGAUAUGGAUGAGCAAGACGACAUGUGGCUCGAGCGCCUGAAUACCCUUCGUAAGGAAGAUCAACUUGAGGAGAUAACGCGAGAAAUUUUCGAAAUCACUAUGACGAAGAUCGAAAAAGAGUGGCAUGCGCUGGAAAAGCGAAUACCAAAGCCAAAUCCGAAGCCGCCCCAGACUCAUCGCCCCCGAUCAAGUUCGGCUGCGGCGGUCAACGGAGAACCACAAGGAGGUGAAGAGCCUGACUCCAGGUGUGCUAUUUGUGAUGAUGGCGAUUGCGAAAACACCAAUGCGAUCGUGUUCUGCGAUGGCUGCAACCUCGCAGUCCACCAAGAAUGUUAUGGAGUACCUUUUAUCCCAGAAGGCCAGUGGUUAUGCCGCAAAUGCUUGCUGUGUGGCCGGGGAGUUCCAACUUGUAUCUUCUGCCCUAACACUGAUGGAGCAUUCAAGCAAACGAAUUCAUCUAAGUGGGCUCACCUCCUUUGCGCGAUGUGGAUUCCUGAAGUUUCACUGGGGAAUCAUACAUUCAUGGAACCUGUCAUGGAUGUAGAAAAAGUGCCAAAAAGCCGGUGGAAGCUGACAUGUUAUAUUUGUCGGCAACGUAUGGGUGCUUGCAUUCAAUGCGGGAACAAGAACUGCUACCAGGCGUUUCACGUCACAUGUGCUCGGAGAUCCCGGCUGUUUCUUAAGAUGAAGACGAGCCAGGGGGCUCUCGCUGUAUUAGACGGUGGUAUGGUUCUCAAAGCCUUUUGCGACAAACAUUGCCCUCCCGACUACGCGCAGGAACACAACAUUCACCAGGCCACAAAAGCAGCAAAGAAGUUCUAUAAAAGAACUAUGAGAAAUCGCAUAUGGGCCGAGAACACAGUUGCUGCCAACAAUAUAGCCGCCCGACAUCGCGAUGCGCUUGCCGAGCAGCCUUCGGACGAGUCACAGCUUGCAGGUAACAAGAACUCUGCUUCCGGUGAUAAGAAGAAGGGGCAGCCUCCAAAGAACUUGUGGAAGAUGCCUUCGGGUGCACCGGUCAUACCACAGGCAGUGUUUGAGAUUGUUGAGGCUUCGAUUCAAAGAUUCCCCUUCCGCAAGCGCAAGGAUUUCUUGAGUGAAGCGUGUCGCUAUUGGACCCUCAAACGGCAGCAACGUCGUGGUGCAGCACUCUUGAAGCGUCUCCAGCUCCAGAUGGAGACGUUUUCCUCAAUGGAGCUAACACGACGAGACUUUGCAGCGAUGGGUCCAAGCGGAAAGGCCAGAUUGAAUAGGCGUAUUGAUUUCGCUGAAGAUUUGAUCAAAGAACUAGAACAGCUCAAGGAUCUUGCAAGUCAAGUUGUGGAACGGGAACAGAUCAAGGUGGAUGCCGGUGAACUCGAACAAGAAUUUGUGGAUGAGUGUUAUUUCCCCGUCGCAAAACUGCUCAACCCUGCCAUUGACAGGGCGAUAUCACUGGACAAAGACCUUUUUGAAGAUGGCUUGAACAAACUACAAACUCGCAUAAACACCCGAUUUUAUGUGACAGUAAUGUCGUUUGCUAUAGAUUUGUGCAAUAUCAUCAGCGAUGGUAUAGCUACGACACCCGAACCUCAACCUUCUACGGAUACGAUUCAAACUGAACCUCAUGAUACAUCGCUUGCCAAGAACACCUUUUCAGAUAUUCGAGAACGACGCAAACUAGGAAAGAGAAUUUUGAAAGCAGUGCAGCCGUUCCUUGAAACAGCUCUACGAGUCGAGUCAGAGAUCUCUCAGAAACCAUUCGAGAGUCUACAAAAGGAACUGGAGACCACGAUCGAUAGGAGUGUGGAAGCUCGACGUCCACCGACUGCUACAAGCCAAGACAAACCAGUUGAUCCUUCAGAUGAAGCCAACGAUACCAUUAUGGUGGAUGCUGAACUUCAAAUUACUGUCAAGGCUGAUUCGACUGAGGCCGGAGAUGCGAUGGAUACCACAUCGGAUGGCGGAAAUAUCGAAGUGAGCACUAAUAUUGACGUGGAUACAUCGGAACUCGCAAAGGCAGAAGCAGGAGAGACGCAGGAGUCUCUACCUAAUACUGUGCAGUCAUCUGACACCCCUCCUGACACGGAUGGUUAUGUGUCGAAGCCUCAACUUGCACAGUCCGGGCCCCCUACGCCACCUCAGUCCAACGGUAGCCUUGGACAAGAGCCUUCCGAUCCUCUCACGGACGGUGGAGUACUCUGGUACUUCAAAGGUCUCGAUCCCCAGGGCACUUCGGUUCUUGAGGAGCAAUGGGCUGGCAGAGAUGCCGUCCGAACGCUUAGUGAGGAUCUCACAGAUCUUGAUGAAGAGGAAUUGAAAGGGCUGGGUAUGGAUGUCGAUAAUGCAGCGGCGUCCGCUGCUGUGGAAGCUAACGUGAAGGAGGAACUCAAUACGGCGCCGGAGUCUGUGGGUGGUAAGACCAGAGCGAGUAAGGCGAAGAAGCGAAGGACGUCAACUCGAAGAAGAUGA